CGUUCAUCCCGUUAACCGGUUGACUUGGAAACCGUCUCAGCGUCGCUGCUGGAGUUGGAGGAAUCACAGUCACAGCAGCAUGCAAGCCCUCCUCCCUGGAUUACUCUUGUUUUGCACUCAGGAUGAGAGACACCACUGAGCCUGAGGAUGCCAGCAGGUGAGAAAGACGACCGGGCAAAGAGCCGGGAGAAAUUCAACGAAGUGUUCAAGAAAUACACCGACACAGAAAAAAAGAAGUUGAAGAAGAAAAGCACUGAAACACCGGAGACCAUUUUGCUUCAGAAUCUAAAAACAAAUCUCAGCCUGGUGAAGGACACAGAAGAGGAUGAGACCAUCCUUCAGAAUACGUAUCACCCUGAGGAUGGCAGCCCUCGCUACACCAAGAACAAAAGGAGAGAGAAGGACGUUGCUAAAAAAGUUAAUAUCAACAGCAGUAGAAAUGAAGAGGAGAUUCAAACACCAAAUACCAAGAGGAAGAGUAAGAGGGGGCUCCCCCCCCUCCCUGUACCCGAAGACAGCAAUUACAUCCAGAAGAAUAAAGGUGCCGCCAAGUCUGAGAUGCCUUUUGAGCCAGAUGAUAUUGGUGGUAGAAAAGAACCAAAGCGAAAAAGUAAAAAGGGGAAAAGUAAAGGAGAUUCAGAGGCAAAAGCAGAGACACAGGUAGAGGAUGCUGAGGACAAGCUGCUGCACGAAUACCAGCAGAGGAUCGCACAGGAAGAAGAGAGCUCUCCAAAAAAGACAAAAGUCAAGACAGAAGAUGGAAGCGCUGUGUCCCAGAAUGUUUCACUGAAUAAUGACGUUGGGAAGAAGAAAAAGAAGAAGCUAAAAUCUGUAGUGACAGAGUCAGAUUUGGGGGAACAAGAUGAUGGUGCAGACCAGGAUGCUGAUGUGGAAAACCAAACAGAAUCCAAGGGAAAGAAAAAAAAGAAGAAGAAAAAGCAUGUUGUCAAAGAAGAGAGUGAAACGGAGGCAGAAGAACCACAGAAACCAACGUUUGAUGACAGCCUUGUGCUGGCAGUGUCUGUUCACAGAACAGAUCGCCUAAAAACGGACCUGCUGAUCUCACACCCAAUGGUGAAGAUCCAUGUUGUUGAUGAAAUCACUGGACAGUAUGUGAAGAAGGAAGACUGCCAUAGACCGGUUUCCUCAUUCUAUGAGCAGGAGAACGUUGACCACAUUCUGCCCAUCAUGACUCAACCUUUCGACUUCAAGAAAAACAAAUCAAUCGUCCCCGAGUGGCAGGAGCAGAUCAUAUUCAACGAGCGCUUUGGCUACUUUGUCGAACAAAAUGGCGAAAGCCCCAGAGUCUUACUUUUUUUUGAGAUCCUGGACUUCAUUAGCAUGGAAGAAGCAAAAGCGAACUUUGAUGUCAACAAGCAGGAACGAGGAUUCAGGAAGAUUGCAUGGGCGUUCCUCAAGCUUGUUGGCACAAACGGUGUGCUGAACAUCGACAGUAAACUCCGUCUGCAGCUCUUCUGUCCUCCGCCGCGCGCAAAGAGACAACCUAAAACAAUAGAGGUGGUUGAGUGGUGGAGGAAGUUCCCCAGACACAAAUAUGCAUCCACCCUUUAUGUGACAGUGAAAGGCAUUAAACUCCCUGAGCAUGUGGACCCGUGUAUCCGCUCCAUGAUGGCGCUGCAGGAGGAGAGAGGCAGCACCUCGUACAGUGAGCUGCAGAACGAGGUCACCAAGAGGAGCCUGAAUCAGCCUCUCGAAAGCAAGCCUCAAGUCCUGAGAUGGAGCAGGCUGCCUGGUCAGGUCUGUCGGAUUCCCAACAAGCCCAUGCUGACGUUUCGUGGUGGUCAGAUGGGCUGUUUCACGGUGCUCUUCUCUCAUGCUGGCACCAUACUGGCUGCUGCUUGUGCCGACCGAGAUUCUUUCCCUGUCGUAGUGUAUGAUAUUCCCUCAGGCAAGAGUUUGGCUGCCUUCAGCGGUCAUCUGAAAAUAGUCUAUGAUCUCUGCUGGUCCAGAGACGACCAGAGACUUCUGUCUGCCUCCUCUGAUGGAACUGUCCGGGAGUGGAAUGUGGAGAGGCUACUGGGAGCGGCUCAGAAGGUGCUCCCUCAUCCGUCCUUCAUGUACUGUGCUCAGUACCACCCCACAGCCCAGAACCUGGUGGUGACCGGGGGCUACGACAGUCUGGUGCGAGUGUGGAGGCUCGACGUUGACGAUGUGAAUGGCCAGCUGCUGCAGGAGUUUGAGGGUCACGGCAGUUUCAUCAACACCAUUUGUUUCGACUCUGAAGGGAUGAGAAUGUUCUCUGCAGACAACACAGGCCUCAUCAUUGUCUGGAAAACUGCAGUGAAUGACAGCAGGCAGCCGCCAUGUCAUCGCUGGUGCAUAGAGAAGAAGAUCGAUGAGAGUGACCUCCGCGGCAUUCCCAUCAACAAGCUGCAGCUUCAUCCAAACGGCCGGUGCCUGCUCAUCCACGCCAAAGACAGUGUCCUGAGGAUGAUGGACCUGAGGAUCCUGGCUGUAAAGAAGUACACUGGAGCCACAAACUACAGAGAGAGAAUUUAUAGCACUUUCACACCAUGCGGGAACUUCCUCUUCUCCGGCAGUGAGGAUGGGAUGGCGUACGUCUGGAAUGUAGACACAGGUGACCAAGUCGCAGUGUACUCUGAGCUUUGUUAUCCCACUGCCCUCCACGGUGUGUCCUUCCACCCUCACGAGAACAUGGUUGCUUUCUGUGCCUUCGGUCAGAGCCAGCCCGUCCAUGUGUACCUGUAUGACCGCAAAGUGUCCCAGCUGGAAGUACACAAUAUACUAGCAGCGAGCAGAUCAGCGUCCACAGACACCAGAACUGUCAGAAACACCCCGGAUCCCCUGGUGUCCCAGGACAGAUCUGCUGCCUCAGCCAUGGAUCAGUAUGCACAAACAACAAAAUUCACACUGAAAAUGAAGUGUGUUAAAGAACAACUGGAUUCAGUCCUUGAACCACGAAGGUCUUCAAUAUCUGGAUACCUGUAUGAGCAAGACAAAAUGGACUUUAUUCAAACGGGGAGGAGCUUGACAUCAGACGCCGGAGCAACGGGAUUAAAUGCCUCAUUACCGCCUCCCUCUCUCCUGUCGCCACACUCCAAGCUGCAGUUCUCUGGUUCUGUGGCGGAGCAGCUUAUCCCCCAGGCAGCGCUCAGCACCCAGAGUCGCAGGUUCACUUCAGUGGGUCAGCGUCUGAAAGGAGCUUCGUCCCUCAGGCUGCAGGCGACUCUUCCUGACGACUUUUCUUCAGGUGCACAUGUGGAAACCGAUUCUGCUCCCGUGCAGCAAGUAGUUGUCUCGCUUUACGACUACAGAGCCGAUCGCUCUGAUGAACUGACCUUACGUCGCGGUGAUGUCAUCCACGUGCUGUACAAGGACAACGACAACUGGUGGUUCGGACGCCUGGUCAACGGACAGCAGGGAUAUUUUCCGGCGUCUAAUGUUUCUGAUCAGAGAGAUUUCGGUGAAGAGGUGACUCAGUCCGCGGAGGCACACGCAGCCUUGUCUGAAGGGACUGUUGAGAGGUCCACACCAACCAGGGUGUCUGCUGCAAUUAGUUCUUCUGGGGAACUCAGGUUUCUUUCUGAGCCGGCCCUCUCUGACACUGAACCUGAGCUGAGUGAUACCAAAGCUAGAAGGAAAAAGAAGGUGAAAAAGCCUGGAGUCCCUGCUCUGUCCUCUCAGGCCACAUUCUCAGAUGCAGAUGUUUCGGGGUUGACCAGCAGCAGCAGCAGGAGGAGACGCAGACCUCUCCCCAAGAGACCGACAGGGUCCACUAACGGUGCCUUUGAGCCAGAUACCUAAACUCAUGGACACUUAAUGAUUUGUAACUUUUUAUAAAUUUUUCCUAAAAUUCCUAAAAGUUGUUUUUUCGGUUAGAUUUUUUUAUGUUGUGGAGUCAAUAUUUUUAUAUUUUACGAAUAGAAAGGUCAAUAAAAUGUUAAAUUUUGUUCAUAAAAUCUCUUUAUAUCUACAUUUUUACAAAUUUCUGCGAAUUCCUUUCAUGUUUUGCAUAAAAAAAGAUGUACUAUUGUAAAAUAAUUACUAUUGUAUCAAUGAUGAACAGUAAUGUCAUUUUUCCUGCCAAUAUAUUUAACAGUGUUGUUCUAUUUUCUUAGCGUGUAAGAGAUUAAAAGUUUAUAUUCGCCAUUUCCCCACAACUAUAAAAAUACAGAUUACUCAUAUCUACAUGUUUGUUUCUCUCCUUCCAAAUGAUUCGUUUGUAAAGCCACAUUUUUUAUAUAUAUAAAUAUAAAAAAAGACAAGCUUAUUGCAAAUUUUCUGUUUAUUUCAAAAUGGUUUUAAAGAAUUUCUUUCAUAAAUACAUUUAUUCUUGUUUGCAUUUUAGUUUAUUCGUCAACAGCACCAUAAGAUAUAACAAAUUAUAGUGCAAUCUAUAUGACGUUAAACUGUAUAUUACGUUGGCUGACAGAUCUCUUCAAAGACAUUACAAACAUGGUUCUUCUCCUUCAUGUCAGGGGUUAUGUGGCCGGCAGCUCUUGAAAUCCAAGACAUGUGAUUUAGAAAACUAAGAUGGUUAAUUGAGCCGGGCUGCAGAACAAAAAGCAAAUCUACUUUGGGUUGGAAUGUUGUUGACUAAUAUUUGUUAGUGUUACAUUCAUCCACAGGGUAAUUUGAACAGCUUUGUUUCAUGGUUGAUAGAACCUAACUAUAAAACAA